GCAUGCGCGGAGGGAGGUCGAUUUAGCGGUUGUUUCCUGCUUGCUGUUUCCACUCGAAGCAAUGGCAGAAGUAAAAGCUUCCCUGGCUUGUGGAGUUAUAGCGGCUUUCCUGAGUUCAGCGGUGCUUGCAUUUGUUGAAGACCUAGAUGACACAUUUAAAGACAGCAGAGUGAAUGACGUCUGGCUGGUUGAUUUUUAUGCUCCGUGGUGCGGCUAUUGUAAAAAACUAGAGCCAAUAUGGCAUGAGGUGGGAGCUGAGCUGAAGAGCUCAGGGUCGCCGGUUCGUGUGGGAAAGAUGGAUGCUACGGCUUACUCUGGAAUAGCAUCAGAGUUUGGUGUUCGCGGUUAUCCCACAAUAAAACUGUUAAAGGGUGAUCUUGCCUACAAUUACAAGGGACCAAGGACAAAAGAUGAUAUUGUAGAGUUUGCCAACAGGGUGGCAGGACCAGCCGUCCGAGCCCUUCCCAGCAAGCAGAUGUUUGAGCACAUGAUGAAACGGCACAAUGUGCUUUUUGUGUAUGUUGGUGGGGAUUCUCCUCUCAAAGAGAAAUACAACGACGCUGCCUCUGAGCUCAUCGUCUAUACUUACUUCUUCUCUGCUUCAGAGGAAGCCUUGCCAGAGUCAGUAUCUUUGCCAGAGCUUCCUGCUGUCGUAGUCUUUAAAGAUGGAGGCUACUUUACCUAUGAUGAGUACGAGGACAGUAGCUUAUCAUUGUGGGUGAACAAGGAGCGCUUCCAAGGAUACCUUCAGAUUGAUGGCUUUACGUUGUAUGAGCUGGGGGAAACAGGCAAACUGGUGGCAAUUGCAGUCAUCGAUGAGAAGGACCCCACAGAGGAGAGUGGCAGAUUAAAGACCUUGAUGCAGAGGGUGGCAAAGGAAUACCGGGAACACUUUAACAGAGACUUCCAGUUUGGCCACAUGGACGGGAAUGACUACAUUAACAGCCUCAUUAUGGGCGAGGUGACAGUGCCCUCCGUUAUCAUCCUCAACACAUCCAACGAGCAGUACUUCCUGCCCAGUGAGCCGAUCGAAAGCAUGGAGCAGCUGGUCCAAUUCAUCAGCAGUGUUCUGAACGGUUCUGCACAGGCAUAUGGAGGUGACGGCAUCAUUCAGAGGAUCAAACGUGUUGCCUUUGAUGCCAGGUCCACCAUUAUGUCGGUGUUUCGCAGCUCUCCACUGCUGGGCUGCUUCCUGUUUGGCCUACCGCUAGGCGUAAUUAGCCUGAUGUGCUAUGGCAUCUGCACAGCUGAGUCUGAUGACGGUUCGGAUGACAUAGAUGCGCUGAAGAGAGAGGGCCUGACUGACGACGAGGAGGAAGAGGAGGAUGAGAGGCAACGUGCUGCGGAGCUGGAGGGCCCAGAAGAAGAGGAUGAGGACGUUGGAGAGAAGGAUCCUGAAGAGAAGAAAACCGAUUAACAUAGGGGCACCCGCUGGAUAGAGGAUCAUACUUCUAGUCAAAUGCAGUGACAUGAAACUCAAAGACAUAUCAGUGUGUUACUGUUGUGCUUUGUUUUUCAUCUCACUUCCCUUCAGAGCCCCUCUAGCACAGACUAUUCUUCCAUCUUUGAGUUCUUUGUCUGCGUGUAAGGUCGGCUGCUUGGCGAAGCCACUGAAUUAUGUUGAAAGCAAACAGCCUCUUUAAUGAUGGAGUGUAAACACUGUUCACAUGAAGAAGGGAUGGCUGCGAACCAAACAUACCAUCUUAUUUAUUAUGAUUCCAACCAACCAACCAGUGGUUAAUUCCAUGUGACGUGUGACACCCUGAUUUCAUAGGUCAGUGUCUUGAAACCCCCUUUUUUGUCGUAUAACGAACUAUUUUUCAUUUUAAUUCUCAUUUUCUAUAUUAUCCUACAGUAGUAGAAACUGAUUGAUGUUGCCUUUAAAUUUGCCCUCAAUCCAUUGGGUAGGCUUGUGUAUUGUUAUUGACGUGUGUAGAAUGAAAAAGAAGUGCCCAACAAGGAAAAUCUGCCAUCAUUGAAAUGUGCAGUUUUUGUUUUUUGUUUUUAAUUCUGUGUUAUUGCCUAAAAAUAUUUCUUCUUAUAAAGGGUUACAAAGUGCCCAUACAGUCCUGCAGUUCACCGCAUUUCUCUGUCAGCCAUCUGCUGUCCAUUAAGAAAGACUGGGGACAAUAACCGGGAUCACUCGCUGUGAUACCGACACAUGGCAGAUGGACAUUUUUAACCCAUUUCCUUCCAACAUGACCAACUGGGUAAAAAACAAAAAAAUAUCCUUAUAUAGACAGGCUGUACCUGUCUAGCAAAAGCCAUAACAUGCAUCAGUAGCUCCUGUGGAUCUUAACAAGUCAUAUUCCUCAGACAGACAAGCUCUGUCUGUUUCCAUAUUUCAGUCUAUCCCCCAUCACCGGUUUCUAUAUUCAAUUCGAUUGACAUUUUGAAGUUUACAUCCCAAUGCCCUGAGAUGUACACAGAGCAUGUAGAACAUUAGGAUUGUCUUUAUGCUGCUGAGUUGUUGUUGUUGUUCUUUUUUUUCUUUCUUUCUUUGUUGGUCUCAAGGCAUAGAGAUCCUGUAUACCCUCUCCUUGUGACUAAAGUGUGUGUAAUAGCUGAAAUCAAGUAGGGAUAAUGGAUUCCUCCUUAAUUCACCAGACCAAUCUAUUUCAUAAAAAGACAGAGUGUUCCCAAAAUCCUCUACACCCAGUGUAAUAACAUUUUUAUGAAAAUUCCACAGUACAGUGCACCUUAUUGGAUUUAGGGUCCAAUGAGGCAGAGACCUCAAAGCAUCUGAAAACACAACUUGAAUAUCUGUAAAAUAGAUUCUUACUCUCAGCUGGUACGGCGAGUUACGUGGCGUCCACCUUUUCCAAUAAAGAUCAAUUUUCCUUAAUAUAAGAUUUUCUUCAAAUGUUCUUUUCUUUUCUUGUUUUUUGCCAAGAGUUAGAGGACACGGUUGAUGCUGCUGACAUGUGUCUACGUCAGCAGGUAGGCAGCUUAUAGCAUAAAGACGAAGCUGGGGCCGCGCUCGCCCGGCUCUGUCCAAUGAGCUGCCUCAGAGCUCCUUUAAAAAGCAGGAACAACAGUAAUUUCACCAUUCUGUUCUAGUUCAGUAACUCAUUCGACUCAAUAUAAGCACACCUUUUCUCUUUUUUAAAAGAAAAUUCUUAUUAUCUGUGGUUUACUGUGAAGCUGCGCUAAAGGAGCCAUGCCCUCGCCUUGCCUUCUGGUCUGUAGUUGCCUACCACUAUCUGCCAAACUUCCUGUUAGGGUUUGAAUUGAGUUUGUCACAUUUUAUUACAGGUUUGAAAGAUUGAAAUAAAGAUGGUCGUCUUUUUUUCUUG